CUCUGCUCGCCCCGCGCGGCAGGCGGGUCCCGCCGACCGGAGAGAGCUUGGGCGGCCUUUCUAGAUAGCGGUAUCCGUGGCGGUAGCGGCCAGGCCGUGAGGGUCUCCCUGCUUUGGUCGGGCUGCGGGCAGCUCGGGCAGGCCGCGGGUGCUGGAGGAUGGAGCCAGGCCCCAGAUGGCACCCAAGACUUCCUGUGCCUUGGCUCCAGCUGUCUCCUGAGGCUCCCCCGACCGACCCUGGCCAGGUUCCCUUCCCCACAGCCACCACCCCCUCCUCUACUGGGAACAGAACCAUGCCACCUCUGGCGACCUCAGCACGCUGCAUCACUGUCCCGGUCCACGUGCCACCUUGUGGGCCCAGGAGAGCCCUGGGGUCCCUGGGUAGCAGAGCGCCUGGCCGUAUCUCUGAGGCCCUAGUGCCGCAGAGUUGAGCUGAGGGUCUCGCACUCGCCCUCUGACUGACCCAGCCCUAGCAGGUGGAAGAAGAAAGGUGCCACUUUGGCAUGAAGACAGACUCGCUUAGUCGUCAGUCAUUUAAGCUGAGUGCAUUGUGAUUUCCAAUAAUUGAGGCAGUGGUUCUAAAAGCUGUCUACAUUAAUGAAAAGAGCAAUGUGGCCAGCUUGACUAAGCCGCCAGCGUGUGCAGCGCGGGCAGGACGGUACCCGGGUCUCAACGGACUUGUGCAUGUUAGCUGUAUAGAUUUAUGUAAGGUUUUUUAAAACUCUGGUCUUUUAAAAUAGUCUUAACCACUUUUACUAUGGAGACAUAUGAGAGUCCCUCUCCUCUCCCGCGUGAGCCCGCAGGGGAAGCAGUGAUGGAGAACCGAGCUUGCCCCCUCCAAGCGCUGCCCCGUGAACAGUCUCCACCACCUCCCCUGCAAACGUCCAGUGAUGCAGAGGUAAUGGACGUUGGCUCUGGUGGUGAUGGACAGGCCGAAUCCCCUGCUGAGGACCCGCUCAACUUCUACGGAGCUUCUCUUCUCUCCAAAGGAUCCUACUCUAAGGCCCGCCUCCUCAUAGACCCGAACUGUAGUGGCCACAGCCCGCGCACCGCCCGGCACGCACCUGCGGUCCGGAAGUUCUCCCCUGACCUUAAGUUGCUUAAGGAUGUAAAGAUUAGCGUGAGCUUUACCGAGAGCUGCAGGAGUAAGGACAGGAAGGUGCUGUACACAGGAGUGGAGCGCGACGCUCGCGCAGAUUGCGGUCUGGCCCUUAGCCCUGUCAGUGGAGACGUGCAUGCUUGUCCUUUUGGCGGGAGUGUUGGGAACGGGGUAGGCGUAGGGGGUGAGAGUGCUGAUAAGAAGGAUGAGGAGAAUGAGCUGGAUCAGGAAAAGAGAGUGGAGUACGCAGUGCUCGAUGAGUUAGAAGAUUUUACUGACAAUUUGGAGCUAGAUGAAGAAGGAGCAGGCGGGUUCACGGCUAAAGCAAUCGUGCAGAGAGACAGAGUGGAUGAAGAGGCCUUGAACUUCUCCUAUGAGGAUGAUUUUGACAACGAUGUUGAUGCUCUGCUGGAAGAGGGCCUUUGUGCUCCCAAAAAGAGGCGAAUGGAAGAGAAAUACGGAGGAGACAGUGACCAUCCGUCUGAUGGAGAGACAAGUGUGCAGCCAAUGAUGACCAAGAUUAAAACAGUGCUAAAAAGUCGUGGCCGUCCUCCUACGGAACCGUUGCCUGAUGGAUGGAUCAUGACAUUCCAUAACUCUGGAGUCCCCGUGUACCUACACAGAGAGUCUCGGGUGGUCACCUGGUCCAGGCCGUACUUCCUGGGAACGGGAAGCAUACGGAAACAUGAUCCUCCUCUGAGUAGCAUUCCCUGUCUGCAUUAUAAGAAAAUGAAGGAUAAUGAGGAAAGAGAGCAAAGCAGUGAGCUUGCCCCCAGUGGGGAAGUGUCCCCUGUCAAGCCGCUGAGCCGAUCUGCGGAGCUGGAGUUCCCCCUGGAAGAGCCUGACUCCAUGGGAGCUGACUCAGGGCCCCCUGAUGAGAAGGACCCACUGGGGGCUGAGGCUGCCCCUGGGGCCCUGGGGCAGGUGAAGGCAAAGGUCGAGGUGUGCAAGGAUGAAUCAGUUGAUCUUGAGGAAUUUCGGAGCUACUUGGAAAAGCGUUUUGACUUUGAGCAAGUCACUGUGAAGAAAUUCAGGACUUGGGCUGAGCGGCGGCAGUUUAACCGAGAAAUGAAACGGAAACAGGCGGAGUCUGAGAGGCCCAUCUUGCCAGCCAAUCAAAAACUCAUCACUCUGUCUGUGCAGGAUGCACCCACAAAGAAAGAGUUUGUCAUUAACCCCAACGGGAAGUCCGAGGUCUGCAUCCUGCACGAGUACAUGCAGCGAGUUCUCAAGGUCCGCCCUGUUUAUAAUUUCUUUGAAUGUGAGAACCCAAGUGAGCCUUUUGGUGCCUCGGUGACCAUUGAUGGUGUGACCUAUGGAUCCGGAACUGCAAGCAGCAAAAAACUUGCGAAGAAUAAAGCUGCCCGAGCUACGCUGGAGAUCCUUAUCCCUGACUUUGUCAAACAGACCUCUGAGGAAAAGCCCAAAGACAGUGAAGAGCUUGAGUAUUUUAACCACAUCAGUAUCGAGGACUCACGGGUCUACGAGCUGACCAGCAAGGCCGGACUGUUGUCUCCCUAUCAGAUCCUUCACGAGUGCCUUAAAAGAAACCAUGGAAUGGGUGAUACAUCCAUCAAGUUUGAAGUGGUUCCUGGUAAAAACCAGAAGAGUGAAUAUGUCAUGGCGUGCGGCAAACACACAGUGCGCGGCUGGUGUAAGAAUAAGAGAGUUGGAAAACAGUUAGCCUCUCAGAAAAUCCUUCAGCUGCUGCAUCCACACGUCAAGAAUUGGGGGUCUUUAUUGCGCAUGUAUGGUCGCGAAAGCAGCAAGAUGGUCAAGCAGGAGACCUCGGACAAAAGUGUGAUUGAGCUGCAGCAAUAUGCCAAGAAGAACAAGCCAAACCUGCACAUCCUGAGCAAACUACAGGAGGAGAUGAAGAGGCUGGCUGAGGAGAGGGAGGAGACACGAAAGAAACCCAAGAUGUCUAUUGUGGCAUCUGCCCAGCCUGGUGGCGAGCCCCUGUGCACUGUGGACGUAUGAGGGAGGCAGCAGGGUCAGGCGCGGGGACUGCCAGCUCUGCUGCCAGGGAGACCUCACGCCACUUACUCUGCAGCCUCGGGCCUCCGAUCUGAGUUCCUCCCCUGCGGCCAGGCUUCUGCCGUCAGGGCCAGAGGGGUGGGGCUCUGGUGCAUGGGGACAGCAGGGCCACGCAGCUCUUCCUUGGGGGCCGCCCACAGGUCUGAGUGGGCGUGUUCAAGGAUGGACUCUGCUUGUCCACACAGGUGGAAGCCAAGAGCUUGACAAUAACUGUGGAUAACCUCUGCUUAUGUGGACUUGCUGCAGACUGGUUUGAUGAAGGUUUUCAUGUGUGUCAGUACAUAACAUGCACUGACAAAUGUCAGAUAAAAUGAGAAAGUGGUGGCAAAGUUCUGUGGUACCCUGUGCCCAGGGUUCCCGCAGACCACUGCAGGGACCUGGUCAGAAGGCGCACGCUGGGACUCCCAUCCCCUUCCCUGCCUCUUGUGUUUUCCCUUUUUCUCUGAAAAGGUUACAACAGGAAGGAGUAUUUCAGACCUUUUUGGUUUAAAAUAAACACAAUUUUAGAAUCAGAACUAUUUUUCAGAGAUUGUAGGCAAACCCUCAAGGUGAUUAUUUGCCAUCCUUGAAAUGCAUUGCCAGUGUAUGCCUGGCUUGUUGCCCUGGUCCUGGGUUGGCGUGCGGUCCAUUUUUCUGAGUAAGUCUUAAUGUCCUAAAAACACGCCUUCUUAAGACACUGAGGCCCCUCACCUUCACUGGCCUCUGGCAACUUUUUACUAAUGAUUUUUGCACAGUCAAGUCCAUCUGUCCACCCAUCAAUUUUUAAAGCUUUUAUGAAAUUUUAGCAUUUGGAAAGAAACUUUUACAGUGAGAGUAGAAGGUAGAUUUGGAGUCACGUAGCAGAUAUAAACAAGUUAAUGCAUUUUAGCACGGGGAUUUUAAAAGAGGAAAUAAGGACCCUCAGUGCAAUCCAUCCGUGAUCACAAAGUGGCGCUCUUCUCCAGACCUGGCAUAAACACAUGGACGGUGGCUGUCUUCCCUGUGACAAUGGCUUCACUGGAUUUCAAGGGCAGUUGCCCUAUGCAUCCAGGCCUGGUGGCCAGCCUGUUACUUUGAUCAGCAGCCUGUGUUUUCCAAGUGGCUCCUGUGGACCAGUGCAGGGAUAAGUGUGUUCCUGCCCUGAACCCCAGAGGAUGUGGGUGUGCUUAGGGCCCUUGGUUGUCCCCAUGUGCAAGGUACAGGUAGUCAUCAGUUGCCUGUCACGAGGGCCUGCUCAGGGUGCUGUGUGCUCAUGGUGCACUGUCAGCUGCAGGAGCCCAGUGCUGGGUUGCAUUGUCACAUUCCACGGGUGUGCCUGUUCUCCAUCAUGUCCCCCGUGGUUGGUGUUGAUGGCAUUUGUUUUCAGGAAGACAAUGUUGGGUCUUGUGUGCCACCCACAGUGUAUCCCUCCCUUGCCACCUAUGUGACUGAGGUUGGCUUCUGUGUUGACGUUUAUAAACAAAACCCUUAAAUCAAGUUGCUGUAAUUAGA